AUGCGCAGUGAGCACCAACAAGCAUACAUUUGUCACUGCCUGUUCUUCAGAGCUGGGCUGUGCCAGGACUUCAGCCUCUUCCUGGCUCCAGGUGAGCUUUCUGUGGAGGAAGCACAGGACCCUUUCCUGGUGAGCAUCCACAUCAUCGCAGACCCAGGGGCAUCUCAGCCACUGCAGGAGGCCAUCGACAAGGUUUUGGCAUGGGUUCACCCUGACCUCCCACUGUUCCGAGUGCAGCCUGCACUGGCCGUGGUGCUGUUCCUGCAGGAGGAGUAUGGAGAGGAGCAGAUCCUGCAGGUGCACCAGGUGCUGCAGCAGCCACCCUGGCGCCACCACCACACAGAACGUGUGCAUGGCCGCUUCCUACCCUACCUGCCGUGCAGUCAGGACUUCUUCACUCUGGCUCCUGGAACCCCUCUGUGGGCCAUCCGGCCCGUGCACUACGGCAAAGAGAUUGUUCGCUUUACAAUCUACUGUCGCCACAACAGCUAUGCAGACAGCCUCCGCUUCUAUGAGCUGAUCCUACGCCGGAGCCCCAGCCAGCGGAAAGCAGACUUCUGCAUCUUCUCCAUCUUCUCCAACUUGGAUGUGGACAUCCAGUUCUCCCUGAAAAGACUGCCCUGUGACCAGACCCCAGUGCCCACCGACUCCUCGGUGCUGGAGUUCCGAGUGAAGGACAUCGGGCAGCUGGUGCCCCUCCUUCCCAACCCCUGCAGCCCCAUCAGUGAAGGGCGCUGGCAGACUGAGGACCACGAUGGCAACAAGAUCCUUCUUCAGGCACAGAGGACACACAAGAAGGUUCCCAAGUACAGCAGAGCACACCACUCCUCUGAGAAGAAGCCUCAUUCCACUCCAUCAACAGCCAUUGACACACCAAGCACAGCACAGGGCAGCAGCCGCAUAGCCCCGCAGAACAGCCCAUUCCUGGGGUCUAGCCAGGUGGCCCUGCUUUCCAGGAACAAACGGGAGUGUACCCCACAGUCAAGCACCUCCAGCCCUGCCUGGUCCUUCCAGAGGAGCAAGUCUUUGUUUUGUUUGCCCAGUGGAGGCCCCUCCCCAACUGAACCACAGCCCCUACUGACUGGUUCGCAGAGACACAGUGCCUCAGAGUGGAGGCCCAGCAACCUCCUGUCCAUUGAUGACUUAGAGGGGGCCCAGGAGACAGAUGUGGACACAGGCCUGCGGCUGUCCUCCUCAGACCUGUCUGUGGUCUCUGCAUAUUCUGCACCCAGUAGGUUUUGCAACUCUGUGGAGUCAUCAUCCCUCCCCUCCAAGAGAUGUAGCAGCCAUUGGCCAGCACCCAAGAGUCCCGAGGAAGGACCAUUGCCUGCUGCCAGUGAGGUGAGCCCAGACACCUCCUGGGAUUCCCACCCUGUCUUUACCAAAAGGUCUCCCAGCCCUGCAGAAAUAACUGCUGCUGCUCUCUCAGCUUCUGGUGUCUCCUCGCCUACAGAGUUAUCCCCACAGCUCUCUUGUCAGGACUCCAAAACCACACAGGGUGGCCAAGACAUGCUACUGCCCCCAACAACAGCUGGCCUUGAAGAUAAUGACAUGGAGGAGUUCUACAUAUGA